AUGAGCACCUUACCCCACGGUUCACACCCCCAAACUUCGGGGUUCACAUGUAACACCUGCCAGGUUCGUUUUAUCACUGCUGAGUUGCAGAGACAACACAUGAGAACUGAUUGGCACCGGUACAACUUGAAGAGAAGAGUGGCCCAGUUACCAUGUAUUCUGCUGGAUGUCUUCGCCGAGAAAGUGUUGGAGCUGCAGAGACAAGCGGACGAGGAGGGUGAAGAGGAGGAUGAAUUUGGUUUCCACGUCAACCACAGACGGAAAUCUGGUGGUGAGAGACAGCUCACUAAGAAGGAUUUGAAGAAUUUGGCCAGACUUGAAGCCAAGAGAGGCCGUCACACCAACACCACCACCUCGUCGACGGAGAGAGCACACAGUCCUGCUACAAGUGUGGCUUCAGAGCUCUCGGAAUUCUCAUUGGGCGAAAGUGUCCAUUAUUCGGAGGUUGAUUCCAACAUUGAUACUAGCUCAGACUACAACUAUUCAGACAGCACACAUAGCGACUGGGACAGCAUGCGUGACAGUGAUGAAGAAAACGAAAACUCGUCAGAUGGUGAAAAUCAGCAUGACGAGGAGGCUACGGAAGUCUUCCCCAACACCUUCUGUUUCUACUGUGGAAAGAACAACGAAGAGAUUGAAAAUAACAUCAGACACAUGUCUCACCGCCACGGGCUCUAUAUUCCAGAGAGAACUUACUUGGUGGAUUUGGAUGGCUUGCUCACAUUCUUGAAUGAGGUCGUGACCUUAGACCAUGAAUGCUUAGUGUGUGGAUUCCUAGGUAAAUCUUUGGAGAGUAUCAGGCAACACAUUCAUUCCAAGGGCCACUGUAGGAUUCCAUACGAAAGUCGGGAGGAGAAGGCUAUAGUUGCAGAAUUCUACAACUUCCGCGUAGACGCCAAACCUACGGCUCUGACGUCCUCUAAGAAGGUGUCCUUCAGAGAAGUCCCCGACACUGAAUACGUGGAUGUUGUUCCAGAAGGCGAGGAAGUUGAUGACUUGAGCGACUCAAAUGGUGUUUACGACAACUACACCACCGGCCAAUUAGAUGCAACGGGAGUGGAGUUGACACUUCCUACCGGCUCCAAGGUGGGCCAUCGUUCUAUGGUGAAAUACUACAGACAGAACUUGCCACUUCCUCGGGAGUUCCCAGAGUCUAACAAGACGGUUGCAUUAGUGGAUCGCAGGUUUGCUCCAGGACUUACCAGUGGUCAAAUUACGAGACAGGAGAAGGAUAUGAAGAGACUCGAGGCCAAGGCACGCAAUGUGCACAUGAGAAAGACCAAGAGUAAACGUGCAAACUUCCAGGCCCACUUUAGAGACGAGAUUUUGGGUACGUAA